AUGGAUUUAUGUCUUAAGGGCUCGCAGGUAGGUUCCUCAAAUGGUCUGCAGCAGUAUAUAUUUAUCUAUCGGCUCGACUUGCAGAUAAACCUCGCCGCCCGACAGAAAACGAGACCCAAGUACUCUAGUCGCUCCCUGACGACUCUACAUAAUUCUGCGCCGCACUUUCGUCCGCGUUCGGCCAACUUUCUCCAGCAGCGCAGUCGCUCCUCGCCUUUUCUGGGACGACCACAGUCGGCGGACCCGAAGUUUGGUCGCAAGUUGAGCGUCUACUCUGGCGAAAAGGAGCUACGAGUUAGCAAAAGCCGACAGGUAUCUUCCACGGAUCUGUUGAAAUCGCUGCUGGAGGAGCCCAUCAAACGGAGCUGGCUGUGUCGCAGCGGUUGCAAUUCUUCCACCGACGAUCAGUCGGAUUGCUCACAGAAAUCUCCGCACAGCAGCGAGGGGGAGCAGCUGGAACGCUUUAUGGUCAGCAUGCCAGGCUCCGUGUCCAGCAAUGACAAGCUCAAAUCCUAUGCUUCCAACUGGUCAUCCAGGGAUCCAUCCAGUGGACUCAGCAGUGCAGUCUUGCUGGCGAAAACAGCCAAGCCGGAUCUGCCUGGAAGAGUGUCCUUCAGUAAGCCCAACAUGCAUAACGAUGUGGACUCCAGUGAUUGCGAUAAUGACAAGCAGGAGAUGCGACCCGGCAGCAGCAGUAACAUCUCUGCUCCAGGUCCUCUAACCUUGCCCAGCUUUAGCUAUAACAAUAGCAAUGACAGCAAGGUGGACUCCAUUGAUGCUGGCGCCCAAAAGAAAUCCGUGCACUUUGGGGCACCAGCGGCGGGAGGAGGCAGUGCCGAAGUGCUCGCCGAGACAUACGAGUAUCCCAAGUGUCCGUCCGAGAAUUGCACCUGCAGCACACGCUCCUCAUCCACGGCCAGCACCAAUGAAGCCACCGCCGAUGUCAAGUGUGCCUGCGAUGCGCCCAGUUGUCGCUUCUCCGAGUCCAGUACGGAAAAACCAGCCACGCCAGAGCUCAAUGUGAUUAGGGAGUACAAGCAGGCGGUGGGCGUGGCAUUGGAUACAAAUAUAGUGGCGAAAAGUAAAUCGCUGGAGCCCAUGAAUAACAUGGAGUUGCCCAAUUAUCUGGACAAGUAUGCGGUACAGGCCAAGGAGAAGCAGAACAAUCUUUCCGAGAAGAAUCUCUCCAGCACAAUGGCCGACAACAGCAACAACGACAACACGACCCACAAUAACAGUGGAGCCUCGUAUAGAGCGCCAGCACAACGUAACUUUGGGGCGGAAAAUAACUUUUUGCCAGUGGUUCAGGAAGAUCGACGACACUAUGGCAACAGUAGCUCGGAUUCGGUGAUAAGUAACUAUCUGAAAAUUGCCGCGACAUCUCCAUUUGUGGGCAAGAAGAAGGAGAACGUUAAGCCGGCGAGUGCCGAGCCAACAAACCGAAAUAAUAAAGUCAAGUUCCUGGCCAAGCCACCAAUGUCCGCCACGGCGGGAAAACUGAAGAAAGCCGUUAGCGUGGGCAGCCUGCGAGAGGAGCGCAAGCUGAGUGAGUACAAUCUGGAUAAGGUGGACAGCUGGAUGAGCAUGCAGGAGCAGAAGCAGGCAUUGGCACAGUUCGAGCAGCUGCACAAGCAGGGACUGGAUGAGCUGGACGAUAGCGCCUCCCAGUUGUCACUUAAAUCGAAUGAGGACUCCAGAGAUUCCACUUAUGAUGAGAUUGUGUCCGUCAUCAAGGAGAUCGAAGAGGAUAAGAAGCGAGAUAACUUUGCUGAACGUUUGCCCAGCGAACUAAAUCUUAAGCUGGAUUCCCGAUCUGAGACUGCCGAAACGGUUAGUCAAAAUGGUGACAGAGUUCCAGAAAGUGGCGAUAAGUACAAAGAUAUAUUGGCGUAUUUGAAUAAUGUGGAGAGUAGCUGUGACAAAACUCUGAUGGAAACGCGACGUUCCAUUCCGGACAGCAAUCGAUCCGAGGUGGAAUUUGUAGUCGAGCCCGAUGUCACCGAUGAGGUGCCCAAGCUGUCGGAGCUAUUGAUGCUUCCCAAUCAUCAACUGGCGCGUCGUGUGAUCGCCCUCAGUCUGCGGGCCAAUGAGCUGGCCAAUGCCAUACACCUGUCCAAGGAGCAUGUCAUGCAGCUGCGCAGCGAGAAACAAAAGUUGCUGCGGGCGGAGAAGACCAGCAAUGCUGGAAAAUUGCGUGAUCAGAAGAAACACUACGAGGAGGUGGUGACACGCCAUCAGGGAUUCAUUGAGCAACUGCUAAAGGAUAAGGGUUCACUCUGUGAAAAGGUUGCGGCUCUGACGCGACGUUUGGAGAGCCAGAAUCAGGCCUGGGAGCAUCGAUUGGAGACGGAGCUAACAAGGGCCAAGGAAACCACAUUGGCUGGGGAGAAAAUACGAAGAGAGCGUUGGGUUCGUGAGAAUACAAAGAAAAUCAAGGAGUUGACCGUUAAGGGACUGGAAGCGGAGAUCAAUAAAAUGAAUUGCAAUCAUCAGCGUGAGGUGACAGAUUUGAAGCGUACGCAUCAGAUGCAGCUGUUGGAUGCCUUGGAGGAGGCACGUCUCAAGCAUGAACAGAUUGAGAAUGGCAUACGGGAGAGUUGUGCCCAGGAUCGUGAGGCCAUCAUUGAAAAGGAGCGGAAUGCCAUAAGAGAGCGACUUGAGCGUCAGCUUGAGGAGGAGCAGAAAACGCAAGCGGAGCUGAGACAAAAGCUGGCCGAUGAUUUUGCCGCAGAGCGGGAACGUCUUCAGGCGGAGCUGCGGCAGAAGGAAUGCGACUAUCAGGUGAAGCGACAGGAGGCGCAACGCGAACAGGAUGCAGAACUGGAGCAGGCCAAGUUUGAGAUGCAGGAGAAGAUGGCCAAACAAGAGGAGAAAUAUCAGAAUCGCAUCAACACCAUCGAGCAACAAUAUCUGGCGGACUUUGAGCUCUGGAAAACCGAAUACGAGAACAAAUGCAAGCUGUCCCAGGCGGAGAAGGAGAAUGCCAUAAGACAGCAUUAUCGAGCUGAACGGGAUCGUCAGCUGGAUGAGCUUGUGGUGCGCAUGGAGGCGGAUGCUCUACAAAGCGGUGAGGAGCACGAGCAGAAGAUGUUGCGACUGAAGGAAAAGUAUGAAAAGGAUUUAAAUGUGGCGGAAAAUGUGGAAAAGUCGUUGCGUGAAAAGUACGCAGAGAUACGUGAAAAGCUUGCCGAAUCGGAUGCCCAGGUGCGAAAUUCCCAGGCAGAGUUGAAGCAGUUGCAAUUGGAGCUGGGUCACAGCAAGAAGAUGUGCGGAGAUAUCAUCAAUGAGCGCGACAAACUGCGCGAGAAUCUCAACACGGACAUACAGAACGAGGUUGGGUUGCUCAACGAACGCCACAAACAGGAAAUGGAACAACUACAGAAGCGUGUUCAUCACACCAUUCAGCGGCAGGAGGAGACCAUAGAGGUGCUCAAGGGAGACAACGAUAACCUGCGACAACAGUGCCUUAAAUUAAAUGCGGUCAUCAGACAACAACGCAAGGACUAUUGCGUAAAGUAGCCUUCUAAUUCUGGAAAUAUUUUAAAUAUGAUCUUAUACGAAAAUAUCUAUUUCUUUGACACCUGCUCAAAGUAGUUAGGAUUUGAAAUAUACAGAUAGAAACGUA